ACACACACACACACACACACACACACACACGCACGCACGCACGGUGCUGCUCUUUUAAAUCCACCUGUUCACGCGCCUCUCUGCUCGCGCUGCUGCUGAUAGGUUUGUGAUGGAGAGAAAACAGCAUUUAUUAACGCCUUGUGCCUGAAGUGACGAGGAGCCCCUCUCCUAACUAACAUCAUCACAGCACAGAUACCCGUACAAGCAGGGCUUCUUCUGCUGCUACUGAAUGGAUUACCCACCAAUUCACCUCACCCGGAUGGUUUUGCGCAUAACCUCCUCAAAUCAAUUUACACUCAUUUGUGAGAAAACAGCUGCGUUUCUAUGAUUACAUGAUCAUCUCGCCAAGAUUGCGCACACUGAUCGCUGAUCAUGCCAAGUGGACUGAUCUGAGACCGGCUUUGACUUUCACCGCUGCUGGGUGGACGCACCGCUGAUCAUCUGGAGAGGUUUUCUGCAACAAUUUGUUGCAAACAUUGAGAGGGACGAAGUCAUGGUGCCGGUACCGCCUCGGCUUUUCAUGGCACCGUGAGAACUUUCUUCCUGCCCCCCUCUUUUUGUUUUAGAUGUUGCUUCUUUGGGAAAUUAUCCACCGUUUCCCCUUUCAAUUAUGUUCACUUUUGCUGCCUUCUGCUACAUGCUGUCGCUGGUCCUCUGUGUGUCACUGAUCUUCUUUGCAAUAUGGCACAUAACAGCUUUUGAUGAGCUCCAGGCUGACUUCAAGGUGCCAAUCGAUCAGGGCAAUCCACUCCAUGCGAGGGAGAGACUGCGGAACAUCGAGAGGAUCUGCAAUCUGCUGAGGAAGUUGGUGCUACCAGAAUAUUCCAUCCAUGGGCUCUUCUGCAUCAUGUUCCUGUGUGCCCAGGAGUGGCUGACUGUGGGCCUCAACAUCCCCCUGCUCUUCUACAACACGUGGAGGUACUUCCAUUCCCCAACGGACACUAAGGAGUUGCUCUACGACCCAGCAUCCGUGAUGAACGGCGACACGCUCAAGUUCUGCCUGAAGGAGGCCUGGUGCAAGCUAUCCUUCUUCGUCCUCUCCUUCUUCUACUAUCUCUACUGUAUGAUCUACUCCUUGGUUACCUCAUAACAACUGAUUUAUCAGCAACUGGAGAGAAACAAAACAGCCUCUGGAUACACAGACUGCCGCUUUCUUUGUCUAGAAUUAAGCGCUUGCACAAAAAGACAAGACAUUUCAUAGUAGAGAAAGAAAAACAUUUUAUUUGCUGUGAAGCCAAACAAUGAACAUGUUGGGGGGGGGGGGGGGUCACAGCUUCUUUUCUGCCUCGUCCCCCAAAGAGGAACGAAUGCUCGACUGUAUAUAAAAACUGAAGACUAAAUCCACUGUUUACAGUUUGACUGGUCAUAGCGAGACCUGAGUUAAUCACUGCCUGGCCAACGUUUGUACCACACACACACACAUACACAUACACAUACACACACACACAUACACACACAUAGACCAACACACAUACACAUCCACAGGCUCCUCUGGAAUGGUACCGUACUUACUGUACAGUAGCAGUGCCGGUAGCCCAGAGGACGAAGAGCACAGUAGCGUUUGCACAGUUUGUCUCAGGCACAGCAUGGUGAAGCACUGUCCAGCCCAGCACAGCUCACCGGCCCGCAGUCAUUCCUCCUCGGCGCCUCACCGACCGUAGCUUCACCGGUGAGUCAGAAACGAGGGAUAGAUGGACGAACAGACGGACGGAUCACACUGUACAGAAACAAGAAAAAUGCUUGGGGGGAAGCAGAGAGCUCUCUCUAUUUUCUCCCGAACAGCACAUACAGUACAGUCCAUGGCCUGUGGGCUUUUCUUUACAUUAACAUUAUGUGAAUGGCUUUAGUGACGUGUGCAUUUUGGUGUAUUCUUUAACAAAAGGCAUUUCUAAUUGAAUUAUGGAGGUAUUCUAUACAGCAAAUGCCUUCUUAGUGUUGUCCUCGUGUCGUUCUAUUGUGGGAAACUUUUCUAAAACUCAAAACUAAAGGCAUAAAAACUGAAACCUGUCAGAGCUUUUAUAGUAGAGGAGCACACAUUCUUUGCACAAAUAGUGUCUUUGAUCUUGCACAAUAUUCGCAAUAUUUGGCUAUAUAUUAGAGAUAAUUUAUGAUAGUCUAGCCACACAGGUGAAGGUCUUCCAACAUUUAAAGAACUAGCCAGCCCUGUUUGAACAUGGGGGAACAAUGUGAAUCUUUUCUAGCUCUAUUUACACAAUGGACCAAAAUGUUGUCUUUUCAGUAUGAAAAUGGAUUUAUUUAUGUCUAGCCUAUUUGUGAGAUAUCGAUGGCUUGCCUACAUGAUUUAUCUGAAACUAAACAUUAUCUUCCAGUUAGACCACACCACCAGGAGAGAGACUACAAGAGUAUUGAACAAAGCAGAAGACGAGAAAGGUGCCUAGCAUUAGUCUGUCUUUCUCUCUGAAAUCAAAGCAGAUGGUAGCAGAUGAUGCAAGCUUCACCUUCAUUCAUACAAUUUGCACCAAACGUGCUUGCAAAGAAUAUUUGAAAUGAUUACCAGAAAGAAAGUUGCUUCUUUCCACAGAAAGGUUAGACGUCAGGCUCAGCAGCAUCUCUGCAGCUGGAAGGAAACUCAAGAGUCUUGCUUACAGGCACUUCAGCAGGGCAGGUGCUUUCCAAUAUAUGGGCUUAGACCUGCCUCCUCCAUGUGUAGCGCAGUUUUCUAACCAUCAGGCCACUCUCUUCAGAUCUUCACCAUCAUCUUCGUAACUCAAGGAGCAGAUAGGAAUGCCCGAUUCUUGUUGUUUUCUCUUAUUCUAAUUCAAGCAUUUUCUAUCCUUACUGUGUA